GAAAGUUUUUAUUUUGCCUUUACGCUUUGAAAUAUGGCAGCUAUUCUUAAACACUGGAGAGAAGCUGCUACAUUGAUUUUAGUUGCAAAAAGAGCCCAAACGAUUACUGGUAUCGGCAACCGGAUAGAAAAGUCUACAACAAAAACGUAUGAUUAUGAUAUAUUGAUGUUGAAAAGAAGCAGCAAAAGCAAGUUCAUGCCUAAGCUGUACGUUUUCCCGGGAGGUGUAGCCCAAGAUGUUGACUUUUCUAAAGAAUGGAUAGAUGUUUUCAGAGGCUGUCAAAUAGAUAGUUUGUUUGAGUUUUUGAAACGAGGAGGCACAGGCCCUUACAUGUUUAGCAGACGACGCAAUGCAGAAUUUGAACACAUUCCCAGUGAGCUUGCCUUUCGGAUUUGUGCUAUACGCGAAACAUUUGAAGAAUCUGGAGUCCUUUUAGUGAGAAACAAUGUAGAUUUGACAAAGAGCAAUAGUUUAGAAACAGGUCCUAUCUAUGGCAACAUAAGUAGUCUCUCUGAAUCUGUCAUUCAAUCUUGGCGAAAGAGGGUGAAUAAAGAUGCCACAGAAUUCUUGAUAAUGUGCCAGGAAUUGCAGGUAGUUCCCGAUGUCUGGUCACUCAAUGAAUGGUCUAAUUGGUUGACCCCUGUCAUAAUGCGUUCUGAUGAAGGUCGAGCAAAAAGAAGGUUUGACACUUCAUUUUACUUGUGUGUCAUGGAUCAUAUGCCGCCAGCUAUUCAAGAUGAUACAGAAACUGUGCAUGCAGAGUGGUCCUCUCCAGAUGUAUUCAUGAAUAAUCGUUUUGAAGGAGGACUUGCUCCACCACAAGUGUAUGAACUCUGCCGAAUGCUCAACUUCACUGAUGCUGACAAACUGAACCACUUUGCAUGGACAAGAUCUAUGACAUGUAGUAGAGUGGAGAGAUAUUUUCCUGUUCCAUGUUUCUGUAGUGAUGGACUUGUAGUCCUCUAUCCAGGUGAUGAGAUGUACCCUAAAGAACCUGAUUUCGAAGGCAAAAAUCCCAUAUUAUCAUUUGAUUUCACUAUGGAGGAGAUGAGGAAGAAAUAUCCAUUACGGAAUAGAUCUAAGAGGAAUGAAGGAAUAUUUGAAGUUAAUGUAGAACCAAAAGAUGGACACAAAAUACCAAUGUUAGAUCUUUCAUCCAUUGGUAUGACUGAGUCUAAGCUAUAAAAGUACACCUCAAUCAAGUUGUAUCUGUAGAAUGUACACCUUCUUGUAUUUAUAUAGAGUCAUUUGACCUGAAGGGUCUUGUAUAAAAGAUAUAGCAUUAAUGGGCAUUUGUUAAAUGGAAAGUCCAAUAUCAGCAAAAUAUGGUACUGACCAGUAUAAUUAUAUCGAUAUACAGACACCAUCGUUUUGAUGUGAAGGUCAUUAGGAAUUAUAUUUACAGUUUAUCUAGACGUAUAACCAAGGCUAUGUCACUAAGAGUUGUGGAUACAAGUACAUAUUUUAUAAGGUGUUUAGACAGUUAAUGGUUUAUGUUUAAACAUACAAUAGACACAUGUACAUAUAAUACAUUGUACUGGUAUUUUGGUAAACCUCAUAUCUGAAAUCCAAUUGUUACAUUCUUGAUAACAUUUCCUCUCUGUACCCAUGGGACAUUACAUGGUACUCUUGCAUAUUACAGGUCCCACCUGAAGAAGGGGGAAUCAAUAUUUAUUGUGUCAUCUAUCCUUCUUUCCUACACUACUAGAGUCUGUUGUCCUAGGGUAGAGAGAUGAUUAUUGGGUGUGUCACUGUUGGAUUUCAAAUAUAGUUAUUGUACUGAGUUGGAAGUGGAACUUCUUGUCUUAUUCUAAUUAGAUUGUUAUUAUACCUAGGUCUCAAUGUUUUGUUUGUAAGUUUGUGAAAUAUCAGAAAAAGUAUUGAAAAUUCUGCACUAGUGAUUGAAUGCCUGUCAAUGAGCCCCAAAUUGUUCUAAUGUAAUCAGUAUUGUUCCCGAUAUUAUUGAAUAAUCAGCAUUUUACUCCAGCUUCCUGUCAUAGACAAUCAAUGUGAAUUAUAAAAUGCAUUAACAAUAUAAAAACAUAUAUAUAUAUAUUAGUGUGAAGUUUUACUGUAUACCAGGUUGUUUUCACCCUUGUACAAAUUUGACUCUGAUCAUUUUGCUCUGAGGAUUACUUAAAAGGAUUGAAUAAGUGUAACAAAUUUUUUCCCCAUUUUAAAUUUGCCCUCCCUGUCCAUGGAUGUAAAGGGUGAAAAUUAAACAGCAGUGAAAAUAUCCUGGUAUACAGUAUAAGGCAUUAAUGUGAGGUUACAUUUUUUGCUGUCAUGUCAAGGUUGUGAUAUAUAAUGAUAUUAAAUGGAGAAUUUUAUUUCACUAACAGAUCCAAACCCAGAAUUAAUCAACUUGGAGUUGGGUUAAGUUAUUUUUAAGUGAUACAGGAAUGAUAUAGAGCUACUACUAUUGUGUAAAAUUCAUUAAUCAAUAACCUAAUAAAUCCUCUGCUGUGAAGACCAUCAUAUUACCGGGUAAAUUUGGGUGUUGUAUGUAAAGGUGGUUAUGAUGGAAAUGUUACUAAUGUGAACUCCACAGAUGGGAAUAUAGAUGGAUAAUGUAAUUUCAUGCUCUUUUUAAACACGUAUUGAUCUGCUGAUUUAUUAUUUUGGAACCAUGCAGUUGUACAGUUUACAUCAUUUGAUUUAUUUAAGAAAAUAAAAAUUCUGCUCACCCAACA